UAGUGUACGACGGACAGUCAGUAAAAGCUUUCACAGCCACGGCAAAUAAUCUAUUUCUCAAGUUGUUUCCAUUAUUUUACACACGUGCCAUCACGCUUUAAUUUCAUGUGUGUGUCCCCCAAUCAACCCUUCGCUCAUUCGCGCAAUUGUGGUGACUGGCAACCUAAGAGGAUGCUGCACAUCUAGUUCAAUAGCGAGAGUGCCCGAGAAUUCGCCCAGCAGCAGCGCAUAAAUAAUGAUAUAAACUACAAUUUCCAGUCCAUUUGAUAGCAACAUAGCAACAUAAUGCCACGACCUCUAUCACAAAUCAUUGUCCUGUGCGUAAUUUAUCAAUUACUCCACCCAACGAGUGCUAAUCCCGACGCCAAAAGACUCUAUGACGACUUACUGAGCAACUACAAUAGAUUAAUAAGACCCGUGAGCAACAAUAACGACACAGUGCUCGUGAAGCUGGGCCUCCGAUUGUCACAACUCAUUGAUCUGAAUCUCAAGGAUCAAAUUCUCACAACAAACGUGUGGUUGGAGCAUGUGAGUACCCUUAUGACGGAGGCGAGGCGCAAGUUAUUAAUUUACAUAAUUCCCAUUAAUGUCUCUCGUCAGGAGUGGCAAGAUUACAAAUUUAUAUGGGAUCCAGCUGAAUACGGCGGCGUGACUGAGCUGUACGUCCCAUCCGAGCACAUAUGGCUUCCCGAUAUUGUACUCUACAACAAUGCCGACGGCGAGUACGUCGUGACGACAAUGACUAAGGCAAUCCUGCACUACACCGGCAAGGUGGUCUGGACGCCGCCGGCUAUUUUUAAAUCCUCCUGCGAGAUUGAUGUGCGCUAUUUCCCAUUCGACCAGCAGACGUGCUUCAUGAAGUUCGGCUCGUGGACGUACGACGGCUUUCAGAUUGACCUCAAGCACAAGGAUCAGAAGAAGGACAAGGGCAAUAAAGUGGAAAUUGGGAUUGAGCUAAGGGAGUUCUACCCCAGCGUCGAGUGGGACAUUCUGGGAGUGCCCGCCGAGAGACACGAGGAGUACUAUCCCUGCUGCUCCGAGCCAUAUCCCGACAUCUUCUUUAACAUAACUCUGCGUCGCAAGACCCUCUUCUACACCGUCAAUCUGAUCAUUCCAUGCGUGGGAAUUUCCUACCUCAGCGUCCUGGUAUUCUACCUUCCAGCUGACUCUGGCGAGAAGAUCGCCCUCUGCAUCAGCAUCCUCCUGUCCCAGACCAUGUUCUUCCUCCUGAUAUCAGAAAUCAUCCCAAGUACCUCCCUCGCGCUCCCCUUGCUCGGCAAAUACCUACUCUUCACCAUGCUUCUCGUCGGCCUCAGCGUCGUCAUGACCAUCCUCGUGCUCAAUAUUCACUACCGCAAGCCCAGCACGCACAAGAUGGCGCCCUGGGUGCGGAGUUUCUUCAUCAAGCGUCUUCCAAAGCUCCUCCUCAUGCGCGUUCCCAAGGACCUCCUUAGGGACUUGGCCGCGCGCAAGAUCAACUACGGCAAGAACCUGAAGAAGUCCAAGUUCGGCGCCGCACUUGUGGCUCAGGCCCAGAUCCAGUGCAACUCCGGCGGCUCCAGUCCGGACUCCAUUCGCCACAUGCAGGGCAGAACGGGCGGCUGCAACGGACUGCACACCACCACGGCCACCAACAGAUUCAGCGGCCUGGUUGAGGCCUUGGGCGGCGGCUUGAGCAGCCUGGGCGGCUAUAACGGCCUCCCAUCAGUGAUGUCUGGAUUGGAUGAUUCCAUGAGUGACGUAGAGAAUCACAAAAAGUACCCAUUCGAGUUGGAGAAGGCAAUUCACAACGUAAUGUUCAUUCAGCAUCACAUGCAGCGUCAGGAUGAAUUCAAUGCCGAGGAUCAAGACUGGGGAUUCAUUGCAAUGGUGCUCGACCGUCUCUUCCUCUGGAUCUUCACCACCGCCUCAAUUUGGGGCACUGUCAUGAUCCUGGGCGAGGCUCCGGCUUUGUAUGACACCACGGAGCCAAUUGACAAGAAGUACUCGAUAAUCGCACAGAAGCUCUUCAAUCUCACCAUAAAGGAUAAAUAAAUCCCGAAGCUUGUUUCUAACGUAGUUUAACACACACGACAAAUACUUAAAAACUUAACAUACUCGAGUUACAAUACAAAAUAAUCAAAGUAAUUUAAAGACUUGUAUUGAACACACCCUCGGAAAGUAGCGUGUAAUCGAUAUGCAAUCAUAAAAUGAGAGAUGUGAUUUUCAUGUUUCAACACUCCAACACAGACACUGUGUGAUGCCCCCAAUUGUCAAUGUAAUGAUUAACAAACAGUGCCAAUUUUAAUCCCACUUUUAGAGACUAUAUCAGUAUUCUUCCCUCCCGCGCCGGAGAAUCGCAACAUCUCUGUAUUGAUUUGAAUGAAUUUUAUGCAUUUA